GAUUUUCUUGGCUGAGAAAUCCCCCCGGCGUGUGAUUCUCUGCUCCUUUCAAUGGAUAGAGGCCGGUAUUGUUGUGGAGGGCAAAGAGAAGGGGGGGGGGGGUUAUAAUUCUGAAGUAGCCAGGAUUUGUUCAGUUGGCUGUGCCUAUAGAUUGAUGUGUUCAGUUUGGAUUGGCCUAGAUAGAGGUGUUCAGUUUAUGUCGAAGCGUUCUGAUUUUCUUGGCUGAGAAAUCCCCCCGGCGUUUGAUUCUCUGCUCCUUUCAAUGGAUAGAGGCCGGUAUUGUUGUGGAGGGAAAAGAGAAGGGGGGGGGGUUAUAAUUCUGAAGUAGCCUGGAUGUGUUCAGUUGGAUGUGCCUAUAGAUUGAUGUGUUCAGUUUGGAUGUGCCUAGAUAGAUGUGUUCAGUUUGGAUGUGUUCAGUUACAUGCGUUAAGCUAGAAAACAAGAGGUGUUGUCAUUUCAACAGAAUUCCACUUGCUGCGUUUAUGGAUUCGUGUUUUUAAUUAAAGAAACGCCCCCCCCCCCUUUCUUUUUUUUUCCUCCUUUGCCCAGGAGGAUUCGAGGCGCGUGGUCAACUUAUUUUUUGGUUUUGUUUUGUUAUACAACUAGGUUUGGUAGGACGACCAGGGUUGACCAGGGUUGACCAGGGUUGACCAGGGUUGACCAGAUUGGGUUGCGCCACAACUUAAGUCUUGAACUGAAUUUAUGCUCAUUGAUGGUUAGACUCUGAGAUGCUCAUUGAUAUGUUUUCUUAUAUGUCAGCCCCUAAGUCAACACAAUAUAGAGAUUAUGUUAGAACAUACAAUGAAGUUAUUUUCUCUAAUAUGACCUCCCCCCCCCCCCCCCCCCCCCCCCACAGAGAAACGUACUAUUUCUGGCCAUCCCUGGGUCCGGACGCAGCCAUUCUAUCAAUUAAAUUAUUAGGCGACUAUACAUAUCGAUGCUAUAUCUGUACGUCAGACACCGGAAUGUCCCUGGUACACUAUCUCAUCAGUAAUGUACCAAGUACAGUACCAGUUGUACCCAGUACAGUACCAGUUUAUCAGCAGAAAAAACAGAAUAAAAGAAAACCUCCAGGACAAUCUGAUGGCAAACGUGAUACAAGUAACACAACAAGUAACGCAGCAAGUAACGUAACAAGUAACGCAACAAGUAACGCAACAAGUAACGAAACAAGUAACGAAACAAGUAACGCAACAAGUAACGCAACAAGUUACGCAACAAGUAACGCAACAAGUUACGCAACAAGUAACCAUGGCAUAACAACCGUCCCUUUAGCAGAGUCUGAAGAGCGUACAAUUUGACAGUCACGUGAUAUGCUGACGUCCUUUGGUACGUCAAGACAGGCUGUAGUUCGUUCAAAGACAUUAUUAUUAAAGCUUAAUUGAUAGGAUGACUGGGCUGCAAUGAUAUCUGCCGUCGUAUGCUCGAUUUUGGGAUAUAUAUGGCCUUAGGAUAGUUCUUUCUAGUGUAAAUGGCCUUGGGAUAAUUCUUGCUGGUGUACAUGGUCUUGUGAUAGUUCUUGCUGGUGUAUAUGGCCUUGUGAUAGUUCUUGCUGGUGUACAUGGCCUUGUGAUAGUUCUUGCUGGUGUACAUGGCCUUGUGAUAGUUCUUGCUAGUGUAUAUGGCCUUGUGAUAGUUCUUGCUAGUGUACAUGGCCUUGCGAUAGUUCUUGCUGGUGUACAUGGCCUUGUGAUAGUUCUUGCUGGUGUAUAUGGCCUUGUGAUAGUUCUUGCUGGUGUACAUGGCCUUGUGAUAGUUCUUGCUGGUGUACAUGGCCUUGUGAUAGUUCUUGCUAGUGUAUAUGGCCUUGUGAUAGUUCUUGCUAGUGUACAUGGCCUUGUGAUAGUUCUUGCUGAUAAAUAUGCCCUUGUGAUAGUUCUUGCUGAUAUAUGUGGCCUUGUGAUAGUUCUUGCUGAUAUAUAUGCCCUUGUGAUAGUUCUUGCUGAUAUAUGUGACCUUGUGAUGGCUCUUGCUGAUAUAUGUGGCCUUGUGAUGGCUCUUGCUGAUAUAUGUGGCCUUGUGAUGGCUCUUGCUGAUAUAUGUGACCUUGUGAUGGCUCUUGCUGAUAUAUGUGGCCUUGUGAUGGCUCUUGCUCAUGUACAUGGCCUUGUCAUGGUUCUUGCUUGUAUAUGGCCUUGCGAUGGUUCUUGCCAAUGUAUAGGGCAGAGUAGCGUUUUUUGUUCCCAACAGAUUGCAGAGGCCAGCGCUGCCUGAUUGAUGAUAUAAUUAAAUUGUUUUCGCUCAGAGCCCCCCAUCUCACCCACCCCCUUAUUAACCUCACACACACUCAACCACACACACUCAACCACACACACACACUCACUUUCAGAUCUUUGUGGAAUCGAGACGCCCUACGCGUCAAUGUUCCUUGGGUUGUCUACUUGUCUCUGUAAACUCACCACUGGCAUCGGCCACGGCAGAGUUGUAAUACCCACAGCCGUGUCUCACGGCUCUAUCCGACGGCUGUGCUGUAAGCCACAAACGAAGUCACAGCGCCAUAUCCCACACAAGCUACACAAUGAGAUCGUAUGCUACAUACAUACGCCAUUCAGAGUGCCUGUCUUGUAUUCUUGCAUUUAAACGACUAAUUAUUUAUUCAGUUUUUGCUGCGACUGUCUUAGCUGUAGCGCCGCUCCUGUAUCUAGUCACCUGUCAAUACCAUCAUGCAAUUUGUUACAUUGAUCGUUAAUCGAUCAGCGACAAAGUGUGUCUCAGCUCAAAUGGGGGUGUGUAGUUUUGGCCUUACACAGGAGCCUGCGUGUGCUGGGGCUUUUCUUGAGACAUUGACACACCUGUUGUAAGAUGGAGACAUUGACACACCUGCUGUAGGAUUAAAACAUUGACACAACUAUUCUAAGAUGGGUAUAUUGACACACCUGUUGAAAGAUGGAGACUUCGACACACCAGUUGUAAGAUUGAGACUUGGAUAGAUCUGUUGUAAGAUGGAGACUUGGACACAUCUGUUGUAAGAUGGAGACUUUGACACAUCUGUUGUAAGAUGGAGACAUUGACACAUCUGUUGCAAGAUGGAGACUUAAUGUGUACCUUUAGUACAAGAACUUGUCACCGUUUUGUACAACACAUGAGUGUUUGUGGAAAUGAAACACCAGUAGUUGAGUGUUUGUGACGAUACCCACGCACACCAACGGACACACAUCGACGCCCAGAGACACUCACGGACUCACACGGACAUCCACGGACAACCAGGACAAAUACAAACAUCCACAGACUCUCAUGGAAACCGACAGCCACCCACAACUUAAGAUGAAAAAGGACCGCACGCUUGAAAUGACGAAAUCGGUUGGACUAUCGAUCACGCUCAUUAACUUAUUGAUUAUUGGUGACGUCAUGGUCACCAAAUUAAUUGUGAAAUAAACACUUGGCUGAACGUCACGGGUGUUUGAAGAUGAGCCAAAUUUAUGGGACGGGUGCAGUUUGGGAGGGGGGGAAGGCAGGUAUUAUCCUGUGGGUCAAUCUGAGCAUGUGCACUGUUUGCCAGAGUAGAUGAUUUAGUUAAGGUGUACUCCAGUGGUCUUUAUCUAAACUGUAUUAGUUACCUAAGGGGGGGGGUGUCUAAUGUGUAUUAGACAUUACCUGUAGGGGGUGUCUAAUGUGUGCUAGACAUUACCUGUAGAGGGGUGUCUAAUGUGUGUUGGACAUUACCUGUAGGUUGUUGUCUAAUGUGUGUUAGACAUUACUUGUAGGUGGCUGUCUAAUGUGUGUUAGACAUUACCUGUAGGUUGUUGUCUAAUGUGUGUUAGUCAUUACCUGUAGGGGGUUGUCUACUGUGUGUUAGACAUUACCUGUAGGUGGUUGUCUAAUGUGUGUUAGACAUUACAUGUCACUACAUUUCGGGCGAUGCCGCUGGCACCUGCAGGUGAACUCAAUUGUUUUCAGCCAAUCAAAAAAAUCAGUUUUUUUUAUUUCUAACAAAUUGCAGCGUUUUGGGCACGUGACCAAAUGCCACGUGCAAGGAGCUCGUGCCUUUCUCAUGGAUCCACUCGUGGAUAUGCUUAAUUCAUUAAAAAAAUAAUUAAUAAUUUAAAAUAAAUUUUUAACUUAAUAUAUUAUAAGCUGAUGUCACAGAGCACUGUCUCGUUCCGGUAGUUAGUGGGCCUGCUGCUCAAAUCAAACAAACAAAUAGUGGAACAAGAUAGAUUAUCAACUAAAACAAAGAAAUAGUGAAACGAAAUAUAUUAUCAAAUAAAACAAAAAAUAGAGGAACAAGAUAGAAUAACAAAUAAAUCCAAAAAAAUAAUGGAACAAGAUAGAUUAUCAAAUAAAGUUUUAAAAAAUAGUGGAACACGAUAGAUUAUCAAAUAAAUCAACAACAACAAAAUAGUGGGACAAGAUAGAUUAUCAAAUAAAUAAAAAAAAUUGUGGAAAAAGAUAGAUUAUCAAAUAAAGUUUUUAAAAAAUAGUGGAAAAAAGAUAGAUUAUCAAAUAAAUUAAAAAAUAGUGGAAAAAAGAUAGAUUAUCAAAUAAAUUACAAAAUAGUGGAAAAAAGAUAGAUUAUCAAAUUAAUUUUAAAAAUUGUGGAAAAACAUAGAUUAUCAAAUAAAUUAAAAAAUAGUGGAAAAAAGAUAGAUUAUCAAAUAAAUUUAAAAAUUGUGGAAAAAAGAUAGAUUAUCAAAUAAAUUAAAAAAUAGUGGAAAAAAGAUAGAUUAUCAAAUAAAUUAAAAAAUUGUGGAAAAAAGAUAGAUUAUCAAAUAAAUUAAAAAAUAGUGGAAAAAAGAUAGAUUAUCAAAUAAAUUACAAAAUAGUGGAAAAAAGAUAGAUUAUCAAAUAAAUUUUAAAAAUUGUGGAAAAACAUAGAUUAUCAAAUAAAUUAAAAAAUUGUGGAAAAAAGAUAGAUUAUCAAAUAAAUUAAAAAAUAGUGGAAAAAAGAUAGAUUAUCAAAUAAAUUACAAAAUAGUGGAAAAAAGAUAGAUUAUCAAAUAAAUUUUAAAAAUUGUGGAAAAACAUAGAUUAUCAAAUAAAUUAAAAAAUUGUGGAAAAAAGAUAGAUUAUCAAAUAAAUUACAAAAUAGUGGAAAAAAGAUAGAUUAUCAAAUAAAUUUUAAAAAUUGUGGAAAAACAUAGAUUAUCAAAUAAAUAAACAGAACAGUGGAAAGAGAUAGAUUAUGAAAUAAAACUCGCGAUUAAAUGUUUGGGAUUGUCUUCUUUUUUGUGUGUUUUUGUUUGUUUUUAUCUUAAAGACCAAUCUGAAGAAGAUCUGUUGGCUGGGUCAAGUAGUGCCAUUAAGUGGGUAAUGGAACGCCUUUAAAUGGGUUAUCCAGUGAUGUUUAUUGGUAUCGAUCAUUUCCCCAAAGCUGAACCCCCCCCCUACCCCCCGGGGGUUGAAAACCAUGGUCCGGUUCUGUUUGCAUCCCGAUGGGUCAGCUCUGAUCGGCGUCACCCGAGCAAUGUCCAUUUUGUGAUGCUGCAUAACUCUCUACACCAGGGUACCCCGGUCUUAUUCAUGGUCACGGAGGACUGACGGUCGGUCCACUGGCCUCUGACAACUGUUGGACAAUGGGCAAUGGACCUUGGCUUGACAAUGGGAAAUGGACCUUGGCUUGACAAUGGACCUUGGCUUGACAAUGGGCAAUGGACCUUGGCUUGACAAUGGGCAAUGGACCUUGGCUUGACAAUGGACAGUUUUAAAAAAAUCAGCGCUGAUUGUUAAUAAUCUAUAACUAUAACUAAGAAAAAUGGGUGAAACUGACUAGUCCUUACCCCCAACUAUAACUAAGUAAAAUGGGUGAAACUGACUAGUCCUUACCCCCAACUAUAACUAAGUAAAAUGGGUGAAACUGACUAGUCCUUACCCCCAACUAUAACUAAGUAAAAUGGGUGAAACUGACUAGUCCUUACCCCCAACAUUUUCCAUCGCCCGCCCCCUCCACCCCCCCUUUUUUUUUCCAUAACUCGCCCCGCCCCCCCCCCCCCCAAAUAACUGAAUUUUCCUUACCCCCCUCCCACAAUAACUUACUCUUCCUAACCCCCACGGCUAGCUGCCUCGUCGUAACCCCUACACUGGCGUUCUUGUCAUACACCUCAGAUGCACCAGGAAAGGCUUUGACGUUGGGACUUGUGUCUAUCUGCUGUCCCUAAUCUAAUUGCAGUGAUUAAUGCCGUCAAUGUUUGAAAACCCCAGGUACCAUCAACCUGAGCCCCGUUCAAUACUCACGGUCAAUAUUCACGUGCAUGGUUUAUGAAAUCGCAUUGAACCCAGACCGUUAAUGGGAAUUUUACCGAAACAAAUAUCCCAUUCCAUCACAUCUGUCUACCCCACCUCGCUGAAAAAUCUAAAAAUAACGCAUGACGUCAUGUCCACGUUGCUUUGUUUUCCUGACGACUUCGUACUCUCGAACGCCUUCGCUUGGUGCAGUGAACAAACGAUGUGAUUACUCUCAAACGCCUGCAGGUGUUCCGAUGAACAAGUCGUAUGAUUAUGUACGCACUAAAAAGCAUUGCUCUGUGUUGGCCAUCCUUGUUGCCCGUCAGACCUAAUUUAAGUAUCUUUAGGGAGUCCAUAUGUGGAACCAAGUUUCAGAUCGUCUCAGAAUAGAAAAUUCAUGUUAGAGAAAUUCAGUAUAGUAAUUGACGCAGCUUAAUUUUGGAUCAUUAGACUAUAACCCCACCCCCCCCCACCCGGCUAAGCCCCACACGCCUAUGAACACACCACACACUAAUGAGCACACACCAAUGACCCCACCCCACACACCAAUAGUUUACAUUCAGAUUACGUUACAUGAGAACGCCAUGAAGUGUUUAGCAGAAACUCUUUUAAAAUUUAAUGUAGCCUUCGUUAACAUCAGCUAAACCUAUGGUCAUAUCUAUUACCCAUUUAUUCGCCUCUAAACAUUAUGCGAAAAAUAUUUGUAUAGCGUAGCCAGUAUUUUUUGAUUGGCCAAGAGUGCUAGAUACUUUUUUCAUGGCCCCUAUCCAGUGUUUUGAUUGGCUAAAAUGUGUUAUAUAUAUUUUGUUCUCGGCUCCUAUCGGGUGAUUUCAUUGGCUAAAAUGUGCAAGAUAAUUUGUUCACGGCUCCUAUCCUGUGAUUUCAUUGGCCAAAAUGUUUUAUAUAAUUCGCCUUGUGUUGUUCGCUAAAGUCAAUGCUUAAGAAAUGAGAUGAAUUCAUUUGUGUACUGUUUUUGUUUUUUUGUAAAGAAAGUCUUUGAGAUUGGCAUUUUUUAAAAAGAGAAUCAAUUCUUUUUUUUUUUCUUCUUCUUUUUGUAUGGAUUUAUUUAAUUUUCUUCACGUUGACAGGAUUUAGGAAACAAAAAUUCAUGUGACUGGAUUAAAAAGAAACAUUUAAUUGUGAGCUUUAUUAAUUAAGCAAUUCUCCGAGGAAAAGGAUUAUUGGCAUAAAAUGUUCAGCGGAUAAUCAGGAUUAAUGAUUACGCCCAGCGCCUGGGUCAGAAUUAAUGGGUAAAUGACGGUCUCUUUUUGAAGGCUGAAAUAAUUCAACGGAACACAACAACAAAACAAUUUGCAUGUGGAGUUUCCCGCCCAAAAUGAGGUUUUCACACGACAACCUUAUCUACCUCCCUAAUUUACACGGGUGAGUGAGUCGGUCUGUCUGUCCUCUCUAUCGCUGUGCCUCGCCUCCACAAUGGCGGAGACUUCACUAAAUGAACGGUGUCUUCACACGGCAACCGACCCUUCGUGAACUUUAUUUAUUAAAGAUUUCUAUGAACAAAUAGUGUAACUAUAUCCUACUUUGUUCCUCGUAAUUUUAAUGUGUGUUGUAAGUGUUGGUAAGUGUUGGUAAGUGUGGAAGCUAAUCUGAUUCUAAACAGAAUUUGUGUAUUUUCGAUCAGCGGUUUUUAAAACCGUGGGGUGUAAACCUUUGUGCUUGUGAGAACCGUUUCUUUUCCCUUUUGAAUAACGUUUUCGGUAUAAGUGUAUUGCAUUUGCGCCCGCCAAGGUCUAGGUCAACAACAAACUGUUAAGCUAUCAGACGACGUUAUUUAAAGACAUUCAUCCUGAUGACGUGCCACUGAAGCAGACGUUAUAUUUUUGUUUUCCAUAACUUCUGCGGUGUGUGUGUGUCAAAGACAAUGAUGGGUGUGUCACAGUGGCACAUCCGCUAUUGGCAAUGAUGUGUGUGUCAUAGCAGCAUAUCAGUUAUAGCCAAUUAUGAGUGUGUCAUAGCAGCACAUCCGUUUAGGCAAUGAUGUGUGUGUCAUAGCAGCACAUCCGCUAUUGGCGAUGAUGUGUGUGUCAUAGCAGCACAUCCGUUAUAGCCAAUUAUGAGUUUGUCAUAGCAGCACAUCCGUUUAGACAAUGAUGUGUGUGUCAUAGCAGCACAUCCGUUAUUGGCAAUGAUGUGUGUGUCAUAGCAGCACAUCCGUUAUAGCCAAUUAUGAGUUUGUCAUAGCAGCAGAUCCGUUUAGGCAAUGAUGUGUGUGUCAUAGCAGCACAUCCAUUUUAGGCAUCGAUGUGUGUGUCAUAGCAGCACAUCCGUUUUAGGCAAUCAUCUCGACGAUAUAUCACGACGAACGUAUAAUAUGAAGGUUAAAGGUCAUUAUACGUACCCUGGAGUUCAAAUGUCAUUAAACCUACAAGAAAACCGUUCUUCUUAGCCCGAGAAGGCUCGGCCCUCAGGUUUGUUUUGAUGGCCCUGGACAACAGGUUUGUUUCAUCUAUGGCCCAAGUCAUCGGGGAAUUUUCAUUUGGUUUAGGUCAUGGGACCGUUUCAUAUAAGGCCCUCGAUGGCUUGGUCCCCAGGGUUGGUGUUUUUUACAUGUAGCUCAGAUAGCCGCUGAAAUGAUCUUCUGAACGUAAAUGAAGACAUGCCCCUCAAUACAAUCACUAUGUCGCAAGAUAUGCACUCGCUUAACCCGGUGUUUUGUUGUGUGAGCUCACAGAAGAUGUCCGUCCUCGUGACGGCAGCCUUUAGCCCACGUCAAUUUUCAUUAACUCCCGUGACAGCCGUGACAGCCGCGACAGGCGGGUCUUGAAAUCUGGCUCAUCCUUUCAGCGGCUGUAGGGAUAAAGCCGUACGACUGUCGCCUGUUGCAGCCGGUCGUCUCGGUGUUCUUUGUUGUUGUUUUCUUAUGUGCCCUGGAGCUAACGGACACAUUGAGCUUAGUUGUAUUUCAGAACUGUUCUCGGUGAGCCAUUCGUGUAAUGCAGCUAACGGACAGACUGAGCUGGUCACCUGUCACCACUCUUCUUGGUGGGUCAUUCAAGUAAUGCGUCCGUGUAGCGGAGAAAGCAUGCAGCUGUUCUAAAGAUGAGCGCCACGAAUUUGUGGGUUUCAUCUAACCAAACUUCGACAUUAAAUGUUGCUGGUUAGCGCGAUGUCGACCCAGUCUCCUUUUGUCAUUCUGUAUUCUCAAAUCUGGGUGCACAGAUUGCUGUCGAUUCCUGCCAGACCCUAGGCCAGUGGUCGACAAACUCAUUGGGCCAGUGGUCAACAAACUCAUUGGUCAAAAGAGCCAACAAAAUCAGCAGCGGGACUGUAAACAAACUUUUUUGAGAGCCAAAUUUCUAUUCAAGAACCUGUCAAGAGCCAUGUUUUUCGGAGUCAAAACCGAUUUGUGGCCGACUGGCCGAGCCGCACCCAGGUCGUCUGAGAGCCGCAUGCGGCUUGUAAGCCGCAAUUUGCCGACAGCUGCCCUAGGCACAACACUGGCGCAGAUUGCUGUCGUCUCUGCCACGGUCGGUAUAAAAAAAAAAUUAUAAAACCAAGCUGGAAACUAUAUGAAGGCCAAAACGUCUUAAUUUGAUUGUGUGCCUUUCAUUAAAACAUAGGUAUACUUAGUGGCGUAUGGAUACCUGGGGUGAGGGCACUAUUUUUCUCUUUUUAUGGAAAGGGGGGGGGGGGCAAAUUCAACAAACCACAGAGGAGGUUUUAGUGGAGGGUGGGCGGUGAAAAUCUUCGCACGCCUAAGUGGCGUAUGGAUACCUGGGGUGAGGGCACUAUUUUUCUCUUUUUAUGGAAAGGGGGGGGGGGGGCAAAUUCAACAAACCACAGAGGAGGUUUUAGUGGAGGGUGGGCGGUGAAAAUCUUCGCACGCCUCUGGCGGCACUAACCCUAGCUACGCCACUGGGUAUACUGUCUCUAAAUUACUUCGACGGUACGAAACUGUAUCCUUAGUGCGCCACUACGCGGCUUUUACGGGUAGAAAUAAAUGAUUUCCGACCUUGUUUUUUCCCGUCAAGUAAAUGACGUCAUAAUAAUACUCUUUCUAACAGAUUUUACAUUUCAGCACAUUUCAAAAUCAAAUAUUUCCCUAUGCCCUACAUUACUGACCUCACAUCUAAUGACAUAUUGACCUCUGACCUUUAUUUCCUUCACAGCUGUGAGUACGGUGCCCUGCGUGCCCCACCACUACCCUUCCCCCCACUGCCACCAGAGUUAUCGGACAUGGCCGACACCAGCAUCAUCAUGACCACCAACGGCCCCAACGGCAGCCUCAGCAGCAGCCCCAACCACCAUAUCCACCACCACCACCACCUCAACAACAACAGCCUCGGUGGCGGCAGUCCCAACGGGACUCUCGUGCAGCAGGACGGCACUACCAGCACGGCGACAUCCACGAUACUCACUGUCCGGAUGAUCAUGCAAGGAAAG